CUAUCACAUGGACUAUUAUGACGGAGUGUGCCUGAAGAAAUGUAUAACGCGAAUACCUAAAUGAAUGGUCGAUUUAAAAGUCAUACGAGGGCCAUGUUUGGAAUUCGGGGGUUGUUCGCGAUUCCAUCAGAAAAACAGCCCUUGAAAUAGCGUCACUCAUCCCCAAUCCUCCAAGUGCCGGCCACUGGUCCGAUCAUCCCAACCUGCUUAUAAGCUUCAUUUUCUUCAGGGGGAAAACCCACACCCGAGGAAUAGGCAAGGCCAACAACGGCCAUAUCUUCAUAAACCAUGGCGUCCCUCCUCACAUCCCUCAUCUCACGCCCGCUCCCGCUCUUCGCGGCGGCCACCGUCCUGCGCGCGGCCAUGCUCCUGUACGGGCUGUGGCAGGACGCCAACUCGCCGCUCAAGUACACCGACAUCGACUACCUGGUCUUCACCGACGCCGCGCGGUUCGCCUUCUCGUCGCCCGCCUUCGGCGCCGCCGCCUCGGCCUCGGCCUCGCCCUACACGCGCGAGACCUACCGGUACACGCCCCUGCUGGCUUGGCUGCUGUACCCGACCACCUGGCCCGGCACCUUCUGGUUCUCCUUCGGGAAGGCCCUGUUCGCCGCCGCCGACCUGCUGGCCGGGCACCUGAUCAUCUUGGUCCUGAGGGGGCCGUACGUGCGCAUGCCCGCGGACCGCGCGUGCAGAUACGCGAGUAUCUGGUUGCUGAACCCCAUGGUAGCCACUAUCAGCACGAGGGGCAGCUCCGAAGGCCUGUUGGGCGUGCUGGUUAUGGCUCUGCUGUGGGCCGUGCUGGAGAAGCGGGUUGCGCUCUCGGGUAUGCUGCUAGGGCUUAGUGUUCACUUCAAGAUCUACCCUUUCAUCUACGCUCCUGCUAUUGUGUGGUGGAUGGACACUGAGCAAAUGGGUAGGAAAACGCAGGUGAAGGGUCCGGAAGGGAAGGAUGGUCAGACCAAAGACCAAAUGACGGUUGUGUUGGACAAAGUUGCGGCGUUCAUCACACCGGAACGCAUUACACUUACCCUCGUCAGCCUGGCCACAUUUAUGGGCUUGAAUCUUCUCAUGUAUGCUCGCUACGGGGCGCCUUUCCUUAUACACACAUUCUUCCAUCAUGUCACCCGGAUCGAUCAUCGCCACAACUUCAGUCCGUACAACAUUCUACUAUACCUCAACUCGGCUUCUCCAAGUUCUGCCUCGCUGAAGGUCGAGUCGGUGGCGUUCUUACCGCAGCUGCUCUUAUCGACAAUCCUCAUCCCCCUAGUCGGAGCUAAGAAGGACCUUCCCACCACUAUGCUAGCGCAGACAUUUGCUUUCGUAACCUUUAACAAGGUCUGCACAAGCCAGUACUUCCUUUGGUACAUGGUAUUCUUACCAUUAUACCUCCCCAACUCUUCGCUCCUCCACAACCCGCGUCUCGGCCUGUCCGCCCUCGCACUUUGGGUCGGCACACAGGGGCUGUGGCUACAGCAGGCCUACAAUCUCGAGUUCCUCGGCCUGAGCACGUUCGUCCCGGGAUUAUGGAUAGCUUCUCUAGCCUUUUUCCUGGUUAACUCUUGGAUUCUGGGCAUAAUCAUCGGUGAUCUGGGUGAUAGCCUGGGGCAAGAGAUAAAGAGCGAUUAAGGGAAGAAGGGGUAAUGUUGUGACGAGUAUGUAUAUAUGCAUGUACUCUUUGGCAUUGGGCGUAUUUGCUUGAGAAGAAGCGACGAUAUUGUAAUUAUAGGAACAACCUUGGAACUCGAUAGGGGCUGUAGGAAUACUGUGCCUAUGGCAUGUAAUGGCGUAGUUGGUUAUAAACAACCGUGUCUAGCUGUUCUUCAACUACGAGAAAACAUAAUAAACCCGGAAGUUAAUAAAUUUAAAGAAAUUUGUAUUAGUUGAG